AUCUUGCCAGUAUGGCAGUAUCAUGUCGUGCAGUCUCUCAUUCAGGUAUGACAGCCUCUCAUCUACCCUUUAACGAAAAAUUAAACCACUCAUUGUUGACUCGUAAAACAACUCGUGACGUCGUGACAAAAAAAUGCGAAUUCGGCAUUCAGUGAAGUUCGUGAAUUUUCAAGUGACUCGUUUUAUUUGAGUGACUCAUUGAUUGGUGACGUUGACAGGUGGGUUCUGUCACUCCCAAAAGUGUUGAUAAGAGUGGAUGAAAAUGUUCGCGGGUUUGAAAAACAAAAUACGUGAGGAAAUUGGGAGUGAUGUGUCCACUGUUGUCAGAAAUGCUGGAUCAGUCAGAGGGAUUAACUCCAGACAAAUUUCACAGACUGGUUCUUCCAGCAGCAUAAGUGGCUCUCAAAUAUCUCUGGACGAGUUUCGUGACAGCAGUGCGAUAACGUCAUCCCCAAUUCUCCAUCGAAAAAGAGAAAAUAGUUUGGAUUUCAAAUUGAGCGAUGGCACCCAGUUGACACCCAAAGAUAUUAAAAAAUUAGAGAGUCGCGAGGAGGAGUGGCGGAGACGUCUGAUGAAGAAAGAAGCCGAGUUGCAGAAGAAAAUUGAUAAAAAAGAUGAAGAGUGGCGAGUCAAGCUGCUCGAUAAGGAGAAGGAGUGGAAGAAGAUCCUGGAGAAACAGGAGAAGGAGAAACUGAAAAUCGAGGAGGAAAGACUGAAAGCUGAGAAUGCCAGGAAGUCCCUUGAGCUCGCCCUCAGAGACGCUGAAGAAUACAAAAAGAAACUUUAUAGCUUUCAAGAGGAUGCUGAACAGCUUGAGGGGUUUCAAACACAGGAAAUGGCCAAAAUUAAACAUUUAUUAUUAGCGAAAGAACAAGAAGUCGACGAAAAAUCCCAUCACUUGAAAUCAGCGCUAAGUGAGAUAGAAACGUUAAAAACCGAAGUGUCUCGACUGCGAAGAUACGAAGAUGAACUGAAUAAUGUCCAGGAUGAUAUGGAAAGCCUCCGGCAUACGACUCAGCGUGAGAAGGCCCAAUUGUCGGGUGAAUUGGCACAAACUAAAGAGGAAGUGCGUCACCUGAUGGUCAAGGUGUUUGUUCUUGAGCAGAGAGUGGCCCUCGAGUCUAACAGUGAAUCAAGUGUUGAUGAGAGAAUAGCAGAUCUGAUGAGAGAGAGAACAUUAUUAGAGAGAAAGCUGGAGGAGGCGCAUCUCCAUUUGUCGGAUAUCAAGACGAGUUGGUCGGGGAAGAUUUCAUCGUUGGAGACACAAGUUGGCAGACUGAGCAGACAAGCAGGUGAAGAAGGGCUUGAGAGGCGAAGGGUCGAGGAGGAGAAGGAGAAGCUCAAGCAGAGGGUCAAGCUGUUGGAAGGAGAAAUUGAGACAUCGUCGAGCAAAGACCUGGAUAGACUAAAGUCGGAGUUGGAUGAAAAGACAAGACAACUGUCCGAGACAGAGAAAGAACUGGGACAAUUGAAAUUAACGUGCGAGGGAGAAAAGGACAACAAUUCCUCCUUACACAUGCAAUUAGCGCGAUUGCGCGAGAAUCUUGAGACUGAAAGGACAUCGUCCGCCACCCUGAGGCUUUCUUUCGAGAAAGAGCGUGACGAGAAGGACCUGGCUCUCCUCAGGAACGCGCAAGUAUCCCAGGAUUUUGAGCUUGCCAUGCAGGAGAAGAGAAUCCAGGAAACCGAGAACGUAGAUCUCCAGAGUAAGAUUGAGAGUCUCGAAAUGACUGUGAAGAAAAUGAAGCAUGAUAUGGAUGAGUCCUGCAGGAGUUUCGAGGAGGCCCAGGAGAGAUUAGUUGUUUUCCAGCGAGCCGAGGACGAGCGCAAGAACAAUGAGGAAAUGGAAAGAACUUUGAAGAGUAAUUUAGCGGAUAUGGAGGAGCAAUUGAACGAUAAGACGAAGACGAUUAAAGUGCUCCAACAGAGACUUGCGGACAUGAAGAAGACGCUUCAACGAGAAUUACGAGUUCCUUCAUCGUCGUUGGACAGUGAUGCUGAGCCAGCAGCAAUACUCAACCCCAGCUCAUCGAAAACAGUCACUGCCAAACAUUCCAGCGGCCAAGAUGAGGACGUCAACUUUAAAUAUCUCAAGCACGUGCUUAUUAAGUUCCUAACCAGCAGAGAAUACGAGGCUCUUCAUUUGACAAGAGCUGUAGCCACACUUUUACACUUUUCACCAGAGGAAGAAAGACUGCUCCAGGAAACACUGGAAUGGAAGAUGUCGUGGUUUGGCACACGUCCAAAUCUUGGAUUCGGUCAGACAGCAAAAGCCAUUCCCCCCAGCUGAUAGUGAGGUGUACUCUCCGUUCAAGGAGAAGAGUCUAUUUCAUUAGGCCAAAGUGCCACAGACUUCGAAUCAUAUUCCAUUGAUGAAUUACUGCUCCCACUAUCACGAUCUAUUUUCGGGUAGAACUUGAGGGAUUGCGAAAGCAGGAGCUAUCAGAAUUCCAUGAAUUUGAAAGCCAAGAACUUUUGCCAACUACUUUAGAUCGAUAUUUAUUUCUGUAUUUCAUGUGUGAGGGUCUUCGUGAUGUUUAUGUGAAUCUCGUUUUUGUACCAACUGCUUGUAAAUGUGAAUGGGAAUUUUCAUGCGAUUAUCUGAAGUUAGAAAAUUAUUUAAUUCCAGGGAAAGGAGAAAUCCCAGCGAUUAGACGUAAUUGUGAUACGCUUGACUAUUUUUUCAAAAUGAAUGCUGACGAUUGGAGAUAAUUGUUCAAUCGAUUUGUGUUUAUACUCCUAGUAGAAAUUCAUGAGAUUUUGGAGGGAGAAGUAUUAAUAAUACAUUGACAGUUUUAACAUUUUCAUAGGAGUGGUAGAGGGAAGAAUAGAGAGAAGAUAGGAAUCAUUUUCGGAAUGACACGUUGAACGUGUUACUGUGCCUAAUUUAGACAUCGCACCAUAGAUUCAAACUGUCGAUGAAUUGUACAUUAAAUAAAAAACAU